AUGAAACUCUCUCAAUUCCUGAUAAUCCCCCGUGCUGUAGCGCACGCCAACAGACGAGUUUUCCUCUCCUCGCCACGCCGCUCCUUCACAUCAUCAUAUAACCGCCGAGUAGCCGACGACGACAAAGCCAGUCCCUUCGGAAGCGGUCCAGCACCACCACGCCUCCCCAAAGAAGAGCAAGAAAUAUUUGAGCGCCUCCAGAAGGAGUCUACAGGCGCUUUCAGUACGCCGCGCACACCUCCAAAGGUGAAUCAAUCGCCGGAUUCGCAGGUCUCUACUACUACAACUACUACCACGAGUACGACGCAACAAACUAGUUCGAAUGGACAACCCGAAGGAGAAUUGUUUCCGCAUAUGAGGGAGACGGUGAAGCCUGAGUUUGAGGGAGACACAAACCCUAAAACGGGAGAGGUUGGAGGACCGAAGAAUGAGCCGCUGAGAUGGGGUCAUGAAGGGGAUUGGAGUUAUAAUGGCCGCGUGACGGACUUCUGA